GGGCCCUCUAGGGACCAGGAACCCGCCCAGAGAAGCUGGAGCCGCCGCCGUGGGCGCACGGAAUUACGGACGGAGCCGCGGGGUUGAGUAAAAUCCUGUCAAGAUGUCUUUAUAUCCAUCCCUUGAAGACCUGAAGGUAGAUAAAGUAAUUCAGGCUCAGACAGCCUUUUCAGCCAACCCAGCCAACCCAGCUGUUUUCUCAGAAGCUUCAGCUCCCUUCCCUCAAGAUGGAAGCCUGUAUCCUAAACUCUAUCCUGAACUGUCUCAGUACAUGGGCCUGAGUUUAAAUGAAGAAGAAAUACGUGCAAACAUGGCCAUGGUUCCUGGAGGCCCACCUCAGGGGCAGCUGAUGGGAAGGCCUGCUGGGAACUACAUGGUGGCCCCCGUGACUGGAAAUGACGUUGGAAUUCGCCGGGCUGAAAUUAAACAGGGCAUCCGUGAAGUCAUCUUGUGUAAGGAUCAGGAUGGAAAAAUUGGACUUCGGCUCAAAUCGAUAGAUAAUGGCAUAUUUGUCCAGUUAGUCCAGGCCAAUUCUCCAGCGUCGUUGGUUGGACUGAGAUUUGGGGACCAAGUUCUGCAGAUUAAUGGUGAAAACUGUGCAGGAUGGAGCUCUGAUAAAUCCCACAGAGUUCUCAAGCAGGCUUUUGGGGAGAAGAUUACAAUGACUAUACGAGACAGACCAUUCGAACGGACUGUUACUAUGCACAAGGAUAGUACAGGGCAUGUUGGUUUCAUAUUUAAAAAUGGAAAAAUAACGUCAAUCGUGAAGGACAGCUCUGCAGCUCGAAACGGCCUCCUCACCGAGCAUAACAUCUGUGAAAUCAAUGGCCAGAAUGUAAUAGGAUUAAAGGACCCUCAGGUUGCAGACAUACUGUCAACAGCGGGGAGUGUAAUAACCAUUACCAUCAUGCCCGCCUUCAUCUUUGAACACAUAAUUAAAAGGAUGGCAUCGAGCAUCAUGAAGACACUGAUGGAUCACACUAUUCCUGAGGUGUAGGAUGAGAGUGGGCUCUAUCCUUUCCCUAGAGGAUCCCAGCAACUCCUGUAUUAUGCACAUCCACCUUUCUUGGAGCCAAGAAGCAUUAAUGCUGCAUGAAAACCUUCAUCUUGUUGAUUAUGGCUGGGAAGUUACUGUUUGACGCACCUCGUGUUUGAGCCGCCAGGUGUAUUUGUAGCCUUAUACUGGUUUUACAGAUGUGAAACUCAGAGAGAUUUAUGACUUUCAUAGUACCAAGUAUCCUAGUAGUUCAACUACUCUUUCUAUAAGCCAUUAUUAAGACAACUAAUGCAAAUAUUUCCUCAAGAUUUCUAGAUAUUCUAGAAGUAGUGCUGUUCUUUAUACUUUGUUCUGAUAUUUGUAUCCUAAAUGCUUUGCUACAGUAUAUUUAGAACUGUUUAGCACUAGCUAGUCUCUCAGUUCUAACCAUCUGUUUACAGAAUGCUUGAAGUAAACACCUUCAUUCCAUACGUGCAUUAUUAUAUUUGGUAAAAGGUAGAAUUGCACAACCCUGUCAUGAUUAUCUUUCGUACUAUCCCUUUGAGAAUGUAACCACCCACCCCUACCUACUAUGCUUUAACUGUUGCCGAAAUUGCGUGGGAAAGUCCUGGAAUAAACAUUUAAUUUCAACUCUC